AUGACCUUCGAACCCACUUCCAUGUUCUCCAAAGUAGAAUUUUCCACGCCGCAACUCUCAUCGAGUCUCCCGCCAGGUCUUGAGCCACGCAUGCGCAACGAAACGAACGUAUUCCAGGGUGCCGAUACGCAAGACGCUUACGUGGUCGACGCGCAUCGCCUUGAACAGGUGCUCGACUCGGACGAUGGAGGGUAUGGAUACGGCGACGUGAAGAAGGCUGCGGAGUUCAAGCUGUCGCGCGCAAGCACGGUGACGACGCUCCCCGCUUACUCGGACAAGCGGAGCCACACGAGCCACGACUACCAUCAUCUCAGCCAAGAUCCCGCGCCGGGGGAAGAGCAGCUUCUCGAAGAUGGGCGCAGCACGAACUUCUCGGGCGCAGGAACUCCGCGCGUGGCCGGACAGCGGCGGCAGAGUCACGAAAGCAGUGCGGAGACGUUCGGGUCGGCGUGGUCGGGUCCGAACAUGCGCACGAUUGGUCCCUGUGGGAGCUGUGGAAGUGUUGAGGCAAUGCUCGUCGGACAUCUUCUGAGCAAGCGUCUGCCAAGUUGUCACGAAGAUGGAUCAGAGAUGGAAGCCCGAGAUGGGAUAGCGAAGACGCUGCGCGGCUACACCAAGGCUCGCCGCCGUACGUUCACAAAGUGGAUGUGCGAUAUCAAUGUGCCUUAUGAACGGCCUCCUUUCAUGAACGGUACCUUGAAUAGUGCAGAUCCGACGAUGCUCAAAGGGCGCAGGGACGCUGUAGAGCAAUGCACUCCACCGAGUUUAUGCGAAGACGAUGUUGCCUUCACUGUCCAGGACUGGAUCGAGCUUCGUGAAGGCGAUGUCACGUUUAGCAUCUUUCAUAACACAAUCCGUCAAUCGACGAAACCUGGGGCAGUAGCUACCUUUCCAGGCCUCACCGUACCAAAGGAAGCGGCGGUGAUUGUUUUUGGAGUACACGUGCAAGACAAGGAUGGAAACGCGGCGUUCGUGUACGACUUCGGCGGUGGGCCGACGACAAUCAACUCUGCUCUAGCCAGCACAGAGUCCAUCAAAUCCGUCUCGAGCGUAUUCUCUUCGCAACCUCCGAACAGUGACGGUCCUGCUACAAUCAGCAUAGAGGUACUCCAAGGAACGAUGUAUCUGGAUUUCGUCUCUGUGAGUACUCAGGGAGUACCUCCGACAGUCAAGACGCCGAAACCCGCUUCAUCGAGACUUGGACCUGAAAGUGCAUCGCCUACCACGACUGCGAGCACAUCUAACACGACAACAAGUGUAGGCACAACGGGCAUAACGAGCCCCGGAGUAUCAGACCCCUCGCAGGCAGGACCUACACGUACGAUGAUUCGCGCACUUAAGAAAAUGCCGCCCGCGGCGUCCGAAAGCACUCCCCGUGCCCCGCCAGAAUCGUACAUCGUGUCCUCGAACCUCCCGUCCUCUAGCUCACCGACAGCUGCAACGGACGGGGGUUCCACCACGGAUGCACCAACGGCGUCUACUUCCAGCACGGUCAGCAGACCCGGACCACAGAAAGGCAUGCAGACGAGCACGUUUGUAGGGAUCAUCGUCGGCUGCGUCAUCCUCCUCCUGCUUCUCCUCCUCCUAGCGGUCUGCCUCCUGCGUCGCCAGCGGAGGAACAUGCGGCUACAGAGCGCGCUGAAAAGAUUCGAACCGCUGUCGCUCUUCUCCGCACCGUCGGCGGGCGUCUCUGGAGGCGCUCCCGGAGACGCGGAGGACUUCGGAUACGGAGACGAGAAGAAGAACGCGGAGAUGGAUCGUCGUCACUCGUAUUCGAGCACUGUCGAAACGCUGCCGCCAUACCGGUACUCCAGCGACGGCGGUCGGUUCGACCCACCAGCGCUGAAGGACGCGGAUGAGGUCAACAGCAGCGACGCUCUCGCGGAAGCUUAUGACGGGUUUGCGAGGCAAAGAGAGACUCACGAGGGUAGCGCCGAGGGGCUGAAAGCGGAGUGGACGAGCCCGGCAGUUGUGUAG